UUUUUUUUUAACAGUUUAAUUCUAGAUUAGAAAUCUACUACUUGGUUUUUCUUCUUUAUAGCUCAUGAUAAGAUUGCCACCUACUUCAGCCAAAUUAACAGUGGAUGAUAUAAAAAACUUUAAAGAAUUACUAAAAAAUACAAGCUAUUCUGAUUCUACUGAUAAUGAUGAAGCUAUUCUUCAGAAUUCAUUUUUGAGUCGAUUUCAAUCCAAUUUUAGAGAAAAGGAUAUGGAAAGUAGAUUAGGCCUCAAUAAUGUCAAAAGAGUAAAAAGAAGUCAAUCAUUUCAAAAUUAAAAUAAUCAUAUACCUUCGAAUUGUCUUUUAUAUAAAUUAAAAUAUUACAGUAGAAAAUGUAUUUUAGAAUGUUACAACACGCAAUAAACUUUCACUUUUAAUAUUAUAUAUCAAAAGAAUUAAACUUUGUUAAUUGACAAACAUGACAUGACAAUGAAUCGAGUCAUUUCAAAUAACGAAUUAUAGACUAGAUCCUUUUGUAAGGAUCAUUCCAAUUUUUUGUAACUUUUUGUGGCAAUAAAUUAUUUUUUAAAAAAUAAAUAAAUAAAAAAGUAUCCCCC